UGACGUGAAGAUAAAAUAUUCCGAUUCGAUUCUUAUUGUUGGGGGUGAGCCAUCAGGCGUUGAGCUUGCUGCUGAAAUAGCUGUGAAUUAUCCAGACAACAAGGUGACACUGGUUCAUGACAGACCAAGGUUGUUGGAAUCUGUUGGUCAAAAAGCUGGUGGUAAGGCACUGCUUUGGCUGAGAUCAAAGAAUGUUGAAGUUUAUUUGGAGCAGUCGAUCGAUCUAGAGUCCAUGUCAGAGGGAGACAGGCUCUACAGGACGUCGUCGGGGAUAGAGAUAACAGCUGAUUGCUGCUUCUCGUGCCUCGACAGACCACUGAGUUCAUCAUGGAUUAGAGGUUCUGAGCUGAAAGAUUGCUUGGACAAUGAUGGAAGAUUGAUGGUUGAUGUAAAUCUAAGAGUGAAAGGCCAGCUUAAUAUUUUUGCCGCUGGUGAUAUCAUUGACAUUCCGGAGCUCGAGCAAGGAUAUUUCGUGCAGAGGCAUGCCAUGAUGGUCCCCAAAAACAUAAAGCUUUUGAUGCAUGGGGAUAAAGACAGCAAGCUAUUGAAAUAUAAACAUUCGACAACAAUGUUGUGUCACUUGGUAAGAAGGAUGCCGUGGCACAACUAUCCUUCGCCACGGUCCUAGGGCACCUUCCUGCGAUGUGGAAAUUUUGGCUGGAAGGGACCCCGCUAAUUUUGACCUUUUGGUUGUACGCACUACACACCCCCUUGUUCAAUUUUCCUAUCAAAGGAGUAGCACGGUUUAUGGGGUUGUAAAUUUGUAAUGGCGAUCGGUUUUGGAAAUCGCAUGUAGCAUGCUUCACUUCACUGAAAGAUAGUUGAUGAAA